AGGUGCUCAAAUAUUACAAUGUGUCGGCCGACACUGGGCUCACGUCUGCCCAAGUGGAAGAGCACAGAGCAAAGUACGGGCCGAAUGCUCUCCAAGAGCAGGAGAGGAAGUCCAUGCUUGAGCUGAUCAUUGAGCAAUUCGAGGACGUCCUCGUGAGGAUCCUGCUAGCUUCAGCCAUGAUCUCUUUUCUUUUGGCCUUCUUCGAUGAGAAGUCAGCCGAGGAGGGGCUCAAGGCCUAUGUGGAGCCCUUUGUCAUUCUCACCAUCUUGGUCCUGAACGCAAUCAUAGCGAUUUGGCAGGACUCGAAGGCGGAGAAGGCACUGGAUGCGCUGAAAAAGCUGGCUCCAGAAUGCGCCAUGGUCUUGCGUGACGGCAACUGGACCACCAUCGACGCGGAAGACGUGGUGCCGGGCGACAUCCUUGAAGUCCGCGUCGGUGACAAGGUGUCCGCCGAUGCCCGCGUCAUGAAGCUGAAGACCACCACGAUCAAGAUCGAGCAGUCGCAGCUCACAGGGGAGUCCCAGAGUGUCUCCAAGGAGAUCGAGCCCCUUGCCCAAAACGAGGGCAAGGAGUGGGUUAUCCAGGAGAAGUACAACAUGCUUUUCUCCUCGACCACAGUCUCCAACGGCUCCUGCGAUGCCGUGGUCGUGGCAACAGGGAUGACGACAGAGAUCGGCAAAAUUCAGGCGGCUGUCACAAAGGCCGGCGAGGAGGAGGAACAGACCCCCUUGCAGCAGAAAUUGGAGGAAUUCGGAAACUUACUGGCCAAGAUGAUCGGCGUGAUUUGCUUGUUGGUCUGGCUAAUCAACUGCAAGCAUUUUUUCGAUCCAGUGCAUGGAUCCGUGCUGAAAGGGUGCAUCUACUACUUCAAGAUUGCCGUGGCAUUGGCUGUGGCGGCCAUUCCGGAAGGACUUCCGGCGGUGAUCACCACCUGCCUGGCCUUAGGCACACGUCAGAUGGCCAAGAGGAACGCCAUCGUGCGGAAGCUGCCGUCCGUGGAGACUUUAGGCUGCACCACGGUGAUUUGCUCAGACAAGACGGGCACUCUGACCACGAACGAGAUGUGCGUGGUGAAGCUCGCCUUGCCUGAGGGCGGCGCUAUGAAGGCCUACGACGUGGAAGGUUACAACUACACGCCAGUUGGCAAAGUGACCGGCCUUUCCAUCGACUGGAAGAAGUGCAACGCGCUUCAGGUUUUGGCAAAGAUCGGCUGCAUGUGCAACGAGUCGCGGCUCGUCGUGGACGACGACGACAAGUUCAUCCGCAACGGAGAGCCCACCGAGGCAGCCAUCCGCGUUCUGGUGGAGAAGCUGGGCUGCCCGGAUGAAGCACUCAACAAGCGAUGCUUGCAGAAGGAGAAGAGGACCAGGGAAGAUGCCAUGGCCUUCUCCAACUAUUGGGGGCAGGGCAUGACAAAGAAGGCAGUCCUGGAAUUCAGCAGGGACCGCAAGUCAAUGAGCGUUUUGUGGCACGACACAAAGGCCCAGAGCAACGUGCUCUUCGCCAAGGGUGCGCCCGAGAUGCUCGUGAGGCGGUGUACCAAGAUCAUGCUCCCCAACGGUGAGGUGGAGCCUUUGACAGAUGCGUGGCGAGACCGCAUUGACAGCGAGCUGGUGACCAUGGCCAAAUCGGCACUCCGAACCAUGGGUAUGGCAGUGAAGUCGGAGGAGCUGGGGGAUCUUCAGAGCUACGACGGGCCCGGUCAUCCCGGCCACAAGCUGCUGGCGGAUCCCGGCACCUUCGGAGAGAUCGAGCAGGGCAUGACCUUCGUGGGCAUGGUGGGCAUCCUGGACCCGCCCCGGCCAGAGUGCAAGCCGGCGAUCGAGGCCUGCCGUGUGGCCGGCAUCAGCGUGAUCAUGAUCACUGGCGACAACAAGACCACUGCAGAGGCCAUCUCCCAGAAGCUGGGCAUUCUGGCGCCCUCCGGGAGCCACAGCGAGAACUCCUUCACGGGCCAGGAGUUUGAAGCCCUCUCCGAAGACAGGAAAGUGGAGGUGCUGCGUAAGAUUAUGGAGCGCCGCGAUGUCGAGGGAGCUGUCUUCUCUCGCACAGAGCCCAAGCACAAGCAGCUCAUCGUGAAGAUCCUGAAGUCUUUGGAUGAGAUCGCGGCCAUGACCGGCGAUGGCGUCAACGAUGCGCCCGCCCUGAAGCAGGCAGACAUCGGCAUUGCCAUGGGCAUUGCUGGAACAGAGGUGGCCAAGGAAGCUUCGGAUAUGGUGCUGGCAGACGACAACUUUACCAGCAUCGUCGCUGCGGUGGAGGAGGGCCGGUCGAUCUACAACAACAUGAAGGCCUUCAUCCGCUACAUGAUCUCCUCGAACGUGGGCGAGGUGGCCGCGAUUUUCCUGACCGCCGCUCUGGGAGUCCCGGAGGGCCUGACUCCCGUGCAGCUGCUCUGGGUAAACCUCGUGACCGAUGGCCCACCAGCCACUGCCCUCGGCUUCAACCCCCCUGAUUUGGACGUUAUGCAGAAGGCGCCCCGACGGAAAGACGACGCCUUGAUUUCGGUGUGGUCCUACGUGCGCUAUUUUGUGGUGGGCGCAUACGUCGGCUUCGCCGUGGUGGGCAUUUUUAUGUAUUGGUAUAUCUUCGAUGUCAAUGCUGAUGGUCACACCCUGGUGUCAACAGCGCAGCUGCUGACCUGGGGCAAGUGCAGCGACUGGAAGGACUUCUCGGUGGCGGACUGGGAUGGCAUGAGCUUUUCCCAGGAGCCUUGCGCAUACUUCACCGACGGCAAGGCGAAGGCAUCGACAUUGUCGCUCACAGUCCUAGUCGUCAUUGAGAUGCUGAAUGCCUUCAACGCGCUGUCUGAGGACGGAUCCCUGGUGCAAAUGCCGCCCUGGGCUAACCCCUACCUCAUCGUAGCCGCCAGCAUUUCGAUUGGCAGCCACUUUGUGAUUCUCUACAUCCCGGCCCUUGCC